GCAACCUAGAGCAAAAAAAACACGUUGGAAGGGGAAGGGGAAUUGGAAUGAAAGUGAUUUGUAACUGAAAGAUGAGGAUGCCCAUUGGGGACAACAGGCAAAUCGGCUGCGCACUCUGCGCUUGAUCUCCCCGAUGUAGAGGAGGGCACAUCAUUUAUACAUAACCUUCACAUCCGUCCAGUGAAAAGAUCCAGCGGAACGGUUCACGGUGAGCCUGAUUGCAUCUCACAUUUACAGGAGGUGGCGUGUGUCUACACGGGGUUUUAAUGCGGGAUUUAAAUAUUUAACACAAGCUUGUUUGUUUAGUUAAAUCUAAACCGAAGGAGACGGUCUCUCAACAGUCAUAAGAGCCUCGUCCACACUCCCAAAAAAAUGAUUAAAUUUGUGUAUCAACAAUUGCCCCACAUUGUAUACCAGAGGAAACGCUGAGGACAUCGGUGUGGUUGAGCACGUGUCUUCGCCCUGAUGUGGCGCCGUUCCCCUGUUCACUCCAACAAUACAAUGAAAAUGUCAAUCUGCCCGAAGAAAAAUAAUGUAGACGUGGAAAAUCUGUGACUUUAAAAAAAACGGAAAAUAUUCAGCAUAUCAAGAAGCAUUCAAGAAUUCCUUGCUUGGACAUAAAGAGAGUUGGGCGGUUACAGCGAUAAAAAGCAUUCAUGUCACCUGUGAGCACUGGACAGAGCUUUGUCAAAAAUUAGACGUUUCUCUUUCAAUCCGCUGGACGAAGGGUCUUAGCUCAAAGCGUCGACUUUUCCAGAGAUGCUGCCUGACCUGCUGAGUUCCGCCCGCAUUUUGUGUGUGUUGCUUUUAACCGUUUAGUUCAUUGUGAACUGAAACAUAAAAUCAAAAUGUGGCUUGACUUGAGAAGUAUUUCCAGCAUUAUCUGUAUCAUGUGCGAAACGCGGGCUCACUACAAUCGGCGUUCUGCAUUUCCCAGUUAGAAUCCAGCCGGCUCGAAGCGGGAUAACGUUUUCUGUGCGUUCAAUGGCACGUUUCAAGUCGCAAUAUGCCCCAUCGGUGUUUGAGAAGUAUGUGACAGACAUCACAAUUAGGAACAAGAAAGUCACCUUGACUCUAUAUGACACAGCAGGUCAAGAGGACUAUGAUAGACUCCGCCCGCUUUCCUAUCAAGACACAAAUGUUAUCUUAAUCUGUUAUGAUGUUACAAAUCCUACAAGCUUUGAGAAUGUCCGCAUCAAGUGGGUUCCAGAAGUCAAUCACUUCUGCCAGGAGGUUCCCAUCCUCCUGAUUGGCUGCAAAACAGACCUUCGAAUGGACAAAGAGCGCCUGAGAAGACUGAGAGCUGCCCAGCAGGAACCAAUCACGUACAAUCAGGGUGAAGAAACCGCUCACCAAAUUAAAGCUGUGAUGUACUUGGAAUGCUCAGCCAAAUUCCGUGAGAAUAUAGAGGACAUCUUUAAAGAAGCUUCCAUUGUAGCUCUAAGUGCCUUGAAGAAGAAGAAGAGCAAAAGGAAGAGGAAGCAGAAGCAAUGUCUGCUCCUUUGACAGUCUGUGCUUGUAACGUUAUUGAUAAGGACUGUGGGCCAUGUAGUAAUCUGUAAAUUUCAAUAAUUAUGCAUUUUUAAAAACAUUUUUAUGUUUUAUAAGGAAGUUAUUUUUCCACAUAUUAAGAAAACAAUUUCAACGGUCAAAGUACAUUUAUUAACAAAGUAUGUACAUUAUGUACAAACUUGUGAUUCAUCUUCUUGCAGGCAGCCACGAAACAAAGAAACACAGUGGAACCCAUUAAAACCACCACACAACAAAGUCAGUUAAACACCCAACAUGCAAAAAAAAGGAACAAGUCAUGCAAUCAUUUAAAAAAUGUAAACAAAUAACACAGGGAACAUUAACCACGGAGUCCACAGCCACAAACCAUCUUCAGUGCUGAGGUGGGUGAGGCCAGUUCAGGAGCCUGUGGCUGCAGAGCCAGUUCAGGGCUGAGGCGAGGGCGAUGGUUGCAGGCCACAGCUGCAACGUAUAUCAAAAAGAUAUUGGAAAAUAGUUUGUGAUCAUCUUCUCCAGUGUCCAGAAACACGUUUUCUACAUAGAAAAUAAUAAUUACCACAGCGAGUAAAACAGAAAGAAGAAGUAACUGCAAGUGUUGAAAAACGUUAAAUGAAAAGAAUCAGAAGUCAACUGGCAUCCAAAGAGAAUGAAAACAACUAAAUACCUUGAAAGGGCAUUGCUUUGAAGGUGAAGCAAUAUGUUGAAUGGUGCUAACCAACAUCUUGUGCUGUUCCAGAAAUUAUUGAUUUUAUGCAAAGAAAGAGUCUUUUUGAUCAGCUUCACUUCAGCCAAACACUGCUGCUAAUAGUGUUGGAUUUAAUGCUGAUUUGCCUUAUCCGUCUCAUGAAUGCAAAUUUAUUUCGAAAUCAACAUAAAGGUAACAAAAUCUGUUUUCAUUUCAGCCAUGCUUAAAGAUGUCAGAUUAACAAUGGCACCUGCUAUUAUGAGCAUUUGCUUAUCAGCACAAAAGCACUUUGAAGAGAUUUUUUUUUCAGCAAUUCCUCCCUGGUACUUGUCUCACGUUAGCUAUCUUGUGAUUAAAUGAGUCUGGGGCUUAAGUAACAGCUAGUAAUACAGCGAUUGGGUACUCUUAGUCACUAUCCACACAUUAUUUAAUAUUUCCUGUCCAGGAACAAUCAUGAAAGGAAGUAUCUGUAUUUAUUUUUUCCUCUGCAGCCUGCAGAGCCUCUUGGAAGUGGAUGCCAAUGGUGGCGUCUCAAUCAAUCAAUGAGGCCAGUUAAUUCAACAGGGAUUUCUGAGCUGUGUGCCUACUUACAUAUUGCCUUUAAAACUGACCCAGGUCCCCCAAGAACUUUUCAACACCACAAAAACAUCACAUGCAGAAGAAUACGAUUUAAAGGUUUAAGUGGAUUUUGUUGACCAAUGAGAUUUUUUUUCACUAACUGUGGUGCCUGUAAAAUAGAAAUAACAAAUUCAAGAAUACAGUGAGAGCCAAACUGAGACAGAUUAUGCACAGUUUUGUUUCCAGAAAACAGAAGCAGGAUUAAACUGCUUUCUGUUGGAAAAGUACACUGCAGCUUUUCUAAUUUCAGAUACAGCACCUUUAGGGAAGAUCAGUUCACUAUUUAUAUUCAUAGCAUUCCUUCGAAUUGACUAAGUUUUAGCUUUUCAUUAAAAUGUUACAAUUAAUUUAUGCAAAUUAUAGAUUAUAGCACAAUAAUGCAAAAGCAAUGAGUCAAAUUAAUGAAAGAUAAAAAUGGUCUUGCUCAUUGCCCUACAAAAUCUGAAACUUGAUGAACCAUUGGCAGGGAGUGUAGAGACCCAACAGUCUACCUGUUCCAUUAGGAGUUAGUGUUCACCGGCUUCCUCAGUAAUCUGGAAAAUGGAACCAUUCACUGCAAUUUUCUGUCAUUACAUGUUCAGCAGGAUAAAGUAAUCUCGCUCAAAAUCAUAAGUGGUACAUCAGAAAAGUUGUGUUUUCCACAACUGUACUCAAUUGAUAAACUUGUAUUUUAAUAUACUUUUCUUGAUUACAGUCAGGCUAUGGACCUUGACAGAUUUUUACUUACACUGCACUAUCAGCUCUAUCCCUCUAAUUUGUAAUGACCAGUGUGCACAAAAAUCUUGUGCUGUGCAAUUUUUCGCCCAGUGACAACAAUGCGCACUGAAUAAUUUUUUCAGUAAAAACAGUACAAAAAAGUCAGUUCUAAAAUCAGCAGACAAAUCAUUGCAAACUCCACAUUGUCAACACCAUCCACAUCAGAAACCAGAAAAGGAGAUGUGAUUGUGUACGAUCAUGAAAUAUACUGAACAUGCCAACGAGGUAGAGAGUGACAACAUUUUGUGUGCAGUUUAAAUUCCUCUGUGCGCUCGUAGCAAAAAGUGUGUGCGCUCAUACCUUGGGGGAAUGGUGACAAUCAGUUAAUUCUUUGAGAUAAAGUGUUAGAGAUCUGUAUCUGAACUCAUUACUUCAUUCAAGAGUCUGUGGAAUGUGGGAAAUGCAAUGAAUGGAAUGUGGUUUAUUCAAUAAACUGACAAUUGCUAUAGGAUUGUUAGUAAACUACAAGUUAUAAUUUGAUUCUAAUAUUUUUAAAAUUGUAAGCAAUAGUUCAAAUUUAUCUACUUACACAUUUUCUAUUUAAGAACUGUAUUGUGAACCAAAUAUGUAUGGUUUAGAAAGUCUUAGCUUGAACAUCUGUAUCCUACAUUUCACAAUGCUUGCCAAUGUCGUCAAAAAUCAAUGGUUUUUUUUUACUGGCUGAUAAUAAGUAAAUGCUCAAAAACUGA